AUGGAUAUCGCCCUCGACCUUCACGACAUCCUAGAUUGCCCACCCACAAAAGCCCCUUAUACUGCCCUAAAGGAGGCCCUCAUUUCCCGCAUUUCCCCAUUAGCACAAAAACGUCUGCAACGUUUAAUUUCUGAGGAGGACCUCGGUGGCAUUACGCCUACGCAGCUUCUUAGGCGUUUGGAGCAGCUGGCAAACGGGAAAAAGCUGGAUGCCACCAUGUUCAAGUAA